AUGGCUUUUGAUAUUGACUUGAACGAACCUUAUAAUGAUUCCGACGGAGUUGCCGAUAGGUCACCGGUAAAUGAAAACAGAGCUAUGUUACCCAUCGACUUAAAUGUGCAGCCUUCCGAUGAAGAAUACAUUUUCGACUUGAACGUUGCUCCGUCACUUGAAGAUGAAUGCGGAAAUGAUGUUGAAAAUGUCACUGGUGGCCAUGGUUUAGACAACAACAUUCAUGAUAUCUUUGGAAGUGAAGCUGAUGAUAUAGGGACCCAAGAUGAUAUAAAUGGUGGAGAUGAAGACAUGCAUGACUUAUUUGGUGAAGAAGAUGAAGAUAUGGGUGAUGCAUUAAAUGAAGAGGCAAUUAUCGUUGAGGAAAUUCAACGAUCUAAUAACAAGCGUUCUUUUUUGGACAACAAUCAACGGAAGCUUGUUUCUCAUUUGUUGUUAAAUACAAGUUAUAAUGGAAAACUUUGUAAAGGGAUUGUCAAAACAUUGGCAUCUUAUUUUUCAGUCUCCAAAGAUGUUAUUUAUCGGAUUUGGAGGCAAAUAAAAAAAACAGCUGAUCCGUGUCAUAAGAAAACAAAAAAUUGUGGUCGAAAAAGGAUCCAAAUAGAUUUUGACAAAAUGCGCAAUGUUUCGUUAGCUAAGCGUAGCACUCUUCGAUCUUUACAAACUGUCUUGGGUCUCAAAACCAAGACAACUUUGCUGAAAUGCAUAAAAGAAGGGGUCUUACGCCGACAUUCGAAUGUGUUGAAACCAUAUUUGAAUGAUAGUAAUAAGAAAGCUCGUAUUGAAUUCUGCUUGGAUAUGCUUGAGGAGAGUAGCAUACCACAUGAUCCAGUGUUUAAACCUAUGUAUAAUGUUGUUCACAUAGAUGAAAAAUGGUUCUACAUAACCAAAAAGUCAUCCAGCUAUUACCUUCUUGGAGAUGAGGAUGAGCCACAUCGUAUGUGUAGGAACAAAAAUUACAUUGGUAAGGUAAUGUUUUUAGUUGUCGUGGCUAGGCCAAGAUUUGAUGAUGAUGGUAACGAGACAUUCUCAGGAAAAAUUGGUUGCUUUCCUAUAGUUCACAAGGUAGCAGCACAAAGGUCUAGCAUCAAUAGGCCUGCCGGGACACUUGAAACAAAACCAAUCAUUUCUAUAAACAGAGAAGUCACUAGAAUGAUGUAUAUCAACGAAGUUUUACCGGCCCUCAAAGAAAAAUGGCCACAAGAACAUGCACAUGAAACAAUUUACAUCCAACAAGAUAAUGCACCUUGUCACGUGCCUUUAGAUGAUGAAGAGUUUUGUAGAGCGGCUGCCGAUGGGGGUUUUGACAUUCGUUUAACUUUUCAACCUCCUAACUCUCCCGAUUUAAAUGUAUUGGAUUUGGGCUUUUUUUCUGCUAUUCAAUCAUUGCAGCAACAGGAAGUAACUAAUUCGGUUGAUGCACUUAUUGAAGCUGUGCAAAAAAUUUUUGAUGCUUUUUCCGCCCAAAGUUCGAACAACAUUUUUCUCACACUUCAAUCUUGUAUGACUGAGAUCAUGAAGGUGAAAGGAUCCAACAACUACAAAAUUCCUCACAUGGAGAAAGAGAAGUUGCUUAGGAGAGGCAUGUUACCCACUCAAUUAACAUGUGACCCAGAACUAUUUCAAGAAACUUUUGAGUACUUGUAUAAUGUUGAUGAAAUGUGA